AUGGUGGGGCAUGAAACCUUGAUGCAUGUGCUGAGAGAUUGUCUGGUUGCUAAAAGAAUUUGGGAGAUUUGGUUUAAGGGCAAUAUCCCUAGGACAUUCCUUCAAACUGAUGAUCUGGAGUGGUUCAGGUUGAAUUUAGGCACAAGCUUCUCUUCUCAUCUUUGGCAAUCAUGGUCUGAAAUUUUUGUUGUUACUUGCUGGUCCAUUUGGCAGUGGAGGAAUGCUUCCAUCCAUGAGGUUCUGUUUGUUAGACCUCAAGAUCCAGUUUAUAGGAUUCUUUGCUAUUUGAAGGAGAUGAAGAUGAGUAAAAGAGUGGAACCUGCUGCUGUUGAUUGUAAUCAUUCUGUAAUUCUGAGUGGGACUGGGCAGCAUGCUUAUAAUAGCAAGGUGAAAAUUUUCGUAGAUGGGGCUGUUUGCCUAGCUAAUCAGAAAAGUGCUUGUGGUGGUUUUGCCUGCUCAACUAGUGGUGACUGGCUUCGUGGUUUCUCCUACACUAUAGGAAAAUCUUCUCCUUUGGAAUCUGAGCUAAUAGGCAUUCUUCAUGGUCUGAAGCUGGCAGCAGAUUUAAAGCUAUCCAAUGUUUGGAUGGGAAGUGAUUGCCAAGAAGCAAUAUUGUGCCUUAGGGAGGAAUCUGAAGCAUACAGGUUCUCUUCCUUGUUAGGUGAAAUCAGGAAAAGUGCUGCUGCUUUCAAGCAUGUCUAG